AUGAGACUUGAUAGAAUAUUAAUAAUUUUAAUCGUCAAUGCGAUUUUUUGGAGUUUAAUUAAUUCUGUUAAAAAUAAUAAAGAACAAAAUGAGUUAAGUAGAGUUGGGGAAACCUCAAAGGAUUUAACUAUUAAUGAUGGGGCUGAAUCAUCGGUUGAUCCUCGAAUUCAAAAAUAUGAAAGAACGCUAAAACCAAAACCUAAAAUUGCAAAAAAGGGCACAACAAAAGAUAAAAAAGAAGAAAAGAAGUUUAAUAAAAGUGAAAAUAAUAAGGAAAAGAGGCGAGAAGCUGACCGCAAGUAUCGAGCAAAAAAUAAGGAAAAAAAGCGAGAAUACGACCGAAAAUACCGAGAAAAUAAUAGAGAAAAGAAGCGGGAAUGUGACCGAAAAUAUGUCCAAAAUAAUAGAGAAAAGAGGCGAGAAGCUGCCCGAAAUUAUUACCAAAAUAAUAAAGAAAAUAGGAAAGAAUUUGCUCGAAAAUACCGAGAAAAGAUGAAAAAUAAAAAUGAAAACUUAAAAAAUGCUGACCCAAAAGUAGGGCAUAUUAAUUCUGAUAAUAAUGAAGGAACUUCUUGCCUUAAUACACAGGAAGAUUUUAGAAAUAAAGGUAAAUUGCCAAUCGUUUACGAAGAGGGCAUUCAGGUUGAAGAAGGAUGUCUUCUUAAUCAAGAGGAGGAAGAAUGUAAUAAAGACGAAGCAGAAACUUAUAUGGAAGAGCAAAAUCAAACAGUGGUGGAAGAGCCAACUAAAAUUAAUUCCAUAAAUCAGAUAGAUUCGGAUGAGGAAGACUAUCUUAUUUAUCUGAACGAUAAACCUGAGGAUGAAGAUGAGGACGAUUGUUAA